AUGUCUCAGGUAGCUUUCCCAGCUUUAGAAAGGUUAGACCAGAUAAUAUCGCUGACCAUACGCCAGGCCGGAAGCACACCAUUAAAUCUCAACUUUAACCAUCUAGGCAUUGCGGUACCGGACUGCGGCGAAGCGGCCAAAUGGUAUGCAGAGAAUCUCGGAUUUCGGGUGGUGACGGCGCUCCCUAUAUAUAUCAAUCGUGACGAUGAGCCUGACCAUCCGGUGUUUGAUAUAUACCCAGCGCACCUUCGGGAGGUUAAGAUAAUGGUUUUGAAUAUGGGAAACAAUAUUGCCUUUGAGAUCUUUGAGUUCAUUGACCCGAAGAUGGAGCACCCGGCUACAUUCGAUAUCACCCGGGGAGGGAUGUUCCACUUUGCAAUCACUCACCCAUAUCCGGACGAAUUAUGCGAACGAAUUAUCGCAGCUGGCGGCAAGAAAAUCGGUAAAACUGUCUGUCGGUCUCCCCCUGAUAGUGCACUCUAUGUCCAGGAUCCAUGGGGAAACGUGAUUGAAGUAUUAAGCGCUGGUUUUGCAGCCGGAUGGGUUAAACUGCGAGCUGGAUGA